AUGGCUCUGUUGGCUCAGCUACAUAAGCAUGACCGAGCCUAUUACGACCAAUUUGCAAAGAACGCUACAGUGCAGCGCUUCGUGCCUACAUGGGCGGUGGGUACAUUACAGGAAGGCGGCACCCCAACGCGCUUUACACUCCCCCUUCCAUCUCACUUUAUCAACACAGGUGAAUCGGCCGACGAUUUCGAGCCUCGUACGUUUUUUCUUGAGAAGGCGCUGCCUGCGGAUAUAGGCAUAGGCGGAAAGGUGCCUGCUUUUCCCCGCUGCGGGCGUAGUGGCUUAUUCUUUGCACGCGAGGAGGUUGUCGAUAAUCUUCAGGCUGCUGCCGCUGAUCUCAAGUUUUCCUCUCCGUUUUGGCUUCACAAGGACCACCCAGGCCUAGAAUCGGGCUAUCUUCAGCUGAAGGAGGGAAACGAAGCGAUUGUCAUCAGUCUCACGGCUAGUAUCAUCGGGUUUGGUGAUGUGGAGACUGUCGAGGCAGCUAAGUUACACCCAUCGCUUCGCAAAGCAAUCAAAAGUGACGUCAACUCUGCCAAUGGUUUCUCCGUCUCAGAUGAGAUUCCGCUUGGAAUGAAUGCGCUGACUGGUGCCGUCACCAAAAAUCCGUUUGUUUGUGGUUUGCCAAAUCGAGGGCUCUGGCUCUCGCAGGAUCAGCUGCUCCAUCACAACAUCAGGUUGUCGCGGCACAUCAAACAAGCUGCUAGGGCUUUCACAUUGGUCGAAAUAGACCAGUGGGAGCUCUUUAAUGCAGACCAGCUCCAGGUUCCAGGAAGAUUGGGUCUGCGACAAAGUCUCAAUCUGGCACCCAAUGAAACUGUUUUUCAACAAGUGUAG